UUUUAUGAUUUUUACUUUCUCGGUUACAAUAUCUAAAUCGUGCAGGUGCAGUGAGAGCUAGCAAAGACUUUAGUAGUUAGUUAGUUUAUGGACUCUCGAUGUCAGUGAUGUACCACUAAGGAUGAGCGACAGUCCGUGCCAUGAUAUGAUCUGCAAUACAAGUGGUAUGCUAUUAUAACAAAUAAAAUUUACUGCAGCAGCAAGUACAUGUAGCUGGACACAACAUUGUGGCAGUCACCAUAGAAAUUGGUCAGAGCUUGAAUUCUUUUAGCAGCAUGGAUGCGAAAGUCUUUUUGUUAGGAAGCUGUGGCCUUCUGCUUCGAAUCGCUUUGCUAUCCCAAUCAUCCAGUGAAUGGCUUUCACGCAGGAUAGAGGUGUCCACGCCCUUAUCAUCCUGGAGGAGAGUGGUUGAAGGCAUCACUCUCCUUGAACAUGGCUACUCCCCCUAUGAAGGUGACAUGUUUCAUCAGAGUCCGCUUUUACUGGCGUUCUUCCACGGGAUAUGGCACUUACCAUAUGCAGUAAAGGCAGUGUUUCUGAUUCUUGAUGUUCUUGUUUCCUAUGCACUUUACAAAGUUGCUGUGAUAUACCAGACAUCAAUGCUUGAUGAUGAAAAGAAGGAAAAUGAGAAUUUUGCAAAGGAUGUUGAAGCAAUACAAUACAAGCCUUGGCAUAAUAUUGGAUCUGCAGUGGCUCUUGCAUAUUGGCUGAACCCAUUUGCCAUUGUAACGUGUGCAGCACACACUACAACGGCCUUGACAACCUUCACGCUAGCAUGGUGUGUUCUGGCUGCAAUGAGAGGUCGCCUUGUGUCUGCAUGCUUAGCAUUGGCGCUGGCCAGUCAUCUUGAUCCGUAUAUGAUUGUCCUGAUCGUACCUGUCGCUCUCCUUGUCAGUCAGAAAUCAACGCUGUCGAUUUUCAAGAGCAUCGUGGCUUGCCUCAUUUUCACUGCCCUAGUCUCAGCACUAUUGCUGUGGGCAAGCUUCUGUCACAGUGGUUCCUGGGACUUCUUGCGCUCAACCUAUGGAUUUGUCUUCACUGUUCCCGACUUCACCCCGAAUGUUGGCAUCUUUUGGUAUCUGUUCACUGAGAUGUUUGAGCACUUUCGGACGUUCUUCCUCUGGGUAUUCCAGCUCCAUGUCUUCUUCUAUGCACUGCCACUGGGAAUGCGCUUAUGGCGGCAUCCAUUCUUCUUGUUGUAUUUGCUGAGCCAUGUGGCUGGUGUGUUCAAGUCGUAUCCCUCCGUGGGCGACACUGCGCUGCCGCUUACACUGCUAUUCACCUUUAGACAUCUGUUCAAGUAUAUGCGUAACAUGCUGGUCGUCUCAGUCAUGUUCUUGGCCUCCAUCAUUCUCAUGCCAACAUUCUGGUAUUUGUGGAUCACUGCUGGAAGUGGAAACGCCAAUUUCUUUUACUCUGGCACCCUGGCAUACAACCUGGCUCAUAUCCUGCUUAUGAGCGGCAGUCUAACUGCAUUCCUGCGGCGAGAAUUUGACCUGAAGCACGGAACGGCUCCCCUGGUGGAUGGUAAGCCAGCAGCCGUUCUUCUAGAGUGAAGCAAACCUAUGUCACAACCUUAGACGAUUCCUUAGUGAGAGAUGCACAGUGCCUGCCACCUUAUGCCGUCUUGAACAUUUCACUGGCUUAUUGGGAGCAAGUAGACCAUACUGUCUCUUCAGGUGUAAUUCUAUUAAACACACGGUUGUAGCUCAUCAUUUUUUACUAACUUGCUUUGUUAUUCGGUGAUCAUAUUUUAGCACAAUGAAUCUGGUUUACUAAUGUUCUGUGAUAUCAUGAAAUCAAAGCAAUAACAUUAUUACAAUCAA